AGCAGCGACACUGCUGCCACCUGGCUUGGCCCUGAGCCCAUGGAGCUGAGACCCGACACCAGCCAGAAGGAGAAUGUGUACCCCCGGCCUGCGACCCCCCUGAGGCCAGAGCAACGGAGACUCCCAAAGAGCCUGGGUGUCAUCCUGGGUAGUGGACAGGGCCUGUGGGUGCCCAGGGGCCAGGCCAAGAGAGGAGAGCCGGCCACCACUCCCUCGCCAAGGGCAGCCCUUCGCCAGGAGCCCUGCCAAGUCCAGACCAACCUGGCCAGUCCUAGGCCCCGCCUGGGCCUUGCCCUGAAGGACACGGCUGGCCGGCUGAUCAACUCCAGAUUCCAGCAGCAGAGCAACCUACAGCCCCUGGGAGUCCGCCCGCUGCGGGGGGCGCGAGCGUUCACCGUCCAGCAGAGUAACCUGAGCACACGGGAGGCCGGCCUGGCCAGGUGUGGAAGCCACAGCAGCCCCCGCCCCUGGUUGGAGCCUCAGGAAGGCUUCUGGCCUCACGGGGUGCCCCGGGGAAGCCCCCAAUCCCCAGGGCCACAGGCUCAACCAUCCUCCACCCUGAAGCCAUCCUGGCUUCUGGCCACAGACAUGCCCUGCCCACGCUUUGGGCCCACCCUGCGCUGUGCCCCCACUGAUGGGCACACACAGCCAGCCCCCAGAUCCUGGGGUGGCCUGGGGGACUGGCCCUCCAGGCUCAUGGGGGAACCCCUCACCCUGGACGACCUGGCUGUCCCUGUCAAGAGCCCGAACAAAGCCGGAAAUCUUGUGAACCUGGAGUCCGAGAGGGCCCGCCGGCAGCUGCUGUCCAGAUGUUUCAGGGCGUGGCAGCACCUGGUGCGGAGGCGGCAGGCAGCGGCCCUGGGCCAGGGGCGGCUGCUGCGCAGGGGUCUUCGGCUCCGGGAGGCCCACCUGGAGGUGGUGUGUGGUGGACAGAAGAGGGCCCUUCUGGCCCAGAGCUUCCAAAAGUGGAGACACCGGACUCAGCAGCAGAAACAAGGGCAGCCCCACUUCCAGGCUGGCCCAGGACCCCCACCCUCUGGGGGAGGCCAGCCCCCAGGUCCCUCAGGAAGGAAGCCAGGGGUGGACCCCGCCCAGAGAAGCAGCCCAGGGAGCCUGAGGGAGGAGGCAGGACCCCGGCCAAUUCCAUCACGUUCUGGGCCGAGACCAGAUGGAGGAGAUGGGAGAGUCCAGAUCCUGCUGGCCCUGCAACGACUGGCUGUCUUCCUCCUGCGGUGCCAGCAGGAGGAAUGGGCCAGACAGGAGAAGGGGGUCCAGGGAGAGGCCUCCGGGGCCACACUGAGGACUCAGAGCAUGGGGAGGCGCCCUCAGGCCUGGUGCUCUCCUGCCGCAGAUACAGCCUGGGUGCCCCCCCUGGCUCCCCAGCAUCAGAGAGCCUGGCUCCGCAGGUGCUUCGGGGCCUGGCGGCGGUCGGUGAAAAGAGGGGCCCAGCCCCGGGAGCACCUGGAUGACUGCCAGAUGGGAACCCCGAGGACGUGCCUGAAACAGUGGGUGUGGAUGAAGCAGCUCCGGGCAUCGGAUGGGACGAAGGUGACCCAGCUGUCCCUCUGCCGGCAGAAGGUGGGGAACAUGGACCUGGGCAGCUCAGCCCCUGGAGGCCUGAGGUGGGUGUCCCAGGCCCAGGGGCUGCCCCAGGAGCGUGGCCAGGGCUCCCCGCAGAAAGCCUGCCCUCCACGGGCCCUCCACGGGGUGCUGCUGCUCUGGAGGGCGAGGCUCUCCCAGCGCCAGCGGGCUGACUCCUUCUCCCAGGGCGUGCAGCGGCGGCUGCUAAGACGCGUCCUGAGGGCGUGGCGCUUGAGGGUGUGGGGACCAGGCAACCCGUCAGGCAGUGCCAGGACCACCUCGGCCUCAGAACUGCUGGGCAGCACAGCCCCAAGCCCACCGGAGAAGGCGUCCAGGGCCUCCGCCCUCCUGGAGACACUUCAGCUGAGCUUUCUGUGGGCAGCUGGGCGGCAGCACCAGGCGCGGUGCCUCCAGCUCUGGCAGGCGCGGGCUCAGCAGUCCCGGCGUGCAGCAAGGUGGCACCAGCACACCCUUCAGAGGCGCAUCCUCCUCGGCUGGAGCCACUGGUCAAUGGCCCAAGGGGCCCAGAGGAAGCUGGCUGCCCGCUGGGCCUGGGACCGGAGCUGCAGGGACGCGCUGGGCCUGUGGCGUUGGCAGGAGGCAGAGCAGUGGGCCCAGGAGCGGGGCCGGAGGCAAGUGCGAGACGCCCUGCAGCACUGGCACUCCUCCUGGCAGAGGCAGCAGUGCCUGCAUGACCGGUACCAGGGGUGGGUGCAGCUACGCCGGCAGGGCCUGCGCAGGGCCACGUUCCAGAGCUGGCGGCAGGCGGCAGCUCAUCAGAGACACAGGAUGGCCAGGCCAGAGCGGCUCGCACUGCAGAGCCAUUUCCAGGCCUGGGUCCUAGAGGCCUGGGCCCAAUCUGCCGCCCAGGGUCGUGUCCAGCGGGUCGCCAUUGCCCAGUUCGAGGUGGUUGGGCACAGGCAGCUCCUGCGGGCUCACUGGGCCCAGUGGCAGACAGAGCUGCUCAGCCUGUGGUUGGAACCUUGGAUGGAGGCCCAGGAGACGAGCACCGCCCAUCCCGGGCCCAGGGCCGACCUCACGCACUGGCCCGGGCUGGUCGGCAGAGGGUGCCUCCUGGCGCUUAUGGACACUGCAGCCCCAUGGAAACAGACCUGCAGCUGCAGGCCACAGGGCACGGGGCCCAGGCUGCCCAGCCCAGCACAACGUUGCAGCCCCGGUGGGCAGAGGAAGCGGAGAGAAACGUCCUGGGCUCAGAGUAAGGAGACCUGCCCCUGUGGAAGGACGAUAUACGAAGUGCAGGGUGCUGCCCAGCUCUGGAUGCAGAGGCCUGGACCCAGGGCCCAGGGCCGGCCCCCUCCAGGGCCCGGAGGGGACUGCAGCUCUGAAGGCCAGGUGGACAAGAGGCGGCUGGGGGCUGGGCCUCUCUGGCCAGCGCUCGCCCCUGCAGGCUCCUGGAGGAGCUGGCCCAGCCCACGGCUCAGCCCUGUCUCCUGGCCGUCAAGGGGUCAUGAUGCUCUUGACGGUCAGUCGGGAAUCACACAGGGCCUCUCUCCCCAGGAGGAAAUACCUGCGACGCUGGCACCUGGAGGCCCUGCUCCGCCGGCUCCAGGGCUCCCAGCAGGCCAGGCGCCUGGCAGGGACAUGGCAAUGCUGGGUGGAUGCUCAGGGGGCAGAGGAGCUGGCGCGGUCGCUGGUGAGUGGGGAGGGGCCCUCUCACCAGCCUCACACCAGUUCCUCAUGCUAUUCUCAACCCUAACCCCUACAAUGAAGUCUUUCCAAGUAUGGCCUUUGGACCUACUCAGUCUGAAACCUAGGACAGGCCCGGGAAUCUGCAUUGUUGACACACCUCAUGGUGUGUGGCACCCUUGUCCUGGUGCCACAGAGGGGCUGGGGGCUGCGGCGAGCACAGGUGCCCGAGGCAGCAGUUGCCCAGUGUGGGGCCUCCGCCCCCUGUCCCCACAGCUCAGGCAGUGGCAGCUGAGAUGGGUCUGGCGCACGUGGCGGCGGCGGGUCGUGCAGCUGCGGGUGGCUUGGCGAUUACAGCAACAAGCUGAGGGCUGGGUCCUUUCUCAGGUACUGGCAGGGCAGCCCCAGCCCCCAGCAGGCCCUUCAAAAGCCAGCGCCUCUGAGCUGCAGGCCCUCCCUGCGUGCCACCCCUGGGCCCCUUCAUUUGCAGAGGAGGGUCAGUGUGGGUAGAGAAAACAGCUUGGAUUCGGGAGCCCUGGAUAUAGCUGGCAGCCCUGUGCCCAGCCCGGUCCUGCCCGGCACUCCCCGUAUGUGCUCUGAGCAUAGCUUCCAGGUCACAGGUCUGUUUUAUUCUGAGCCUCUGCAUUUGGCCGGGCAGGGUCGGCUGCCUGCCCACCUAGGGCAGAGGGAGGGACCUCUAUUCCCCAGGGACCGAGGUGCUGGGCACAAACAGCACGGGCCGGGAGGGAGCUGGAGAACCUCUCCUUCCCCUCCGGUUCCAGGCCUUUGAGAAGUGGCACCAGAAGCUGGCAGCCAGGGGCCUGAGGAGGAGCCACCAGCAGCUUGACCCCCAAGAGUAAGGUGGGCAUCGAGCCCAGGGAGCAACCCCUGCGUGUGGCGGACUCGAGGUGGAGCAGGGGCCCACUGCACCAGGACUUGUUGCCAUGGAAAGAAAAUCAGAAUGGAGCCCAGCCUUCCCAGGGAGGAACUGUACCCCCACCCCCUUCCAGGGAGUGCAGACUGGCAGGCCGCGGGGCGCUCAGCCCAUCGAAGAGCCCCGGGAGCUCUGAAUGCCAAUAAACUGCCCUCCUUGGUCCCAGCUGCUUCUCUGGCUCCCAGCAACCUGGACGGACGUGGAGGGGAUGUGCCCACAGGCUGCUCUUUGGCCGCCCCCCACCCCCACCCCCUUAAGGUCAGGCAGGGACGGGGACAGAAAAGAGCCCACGUGCACCUGCCAGUCACCACCCUGGGCAGCACAGCUUGAGGGCCGAUUCCUGGGCAGCAGUGCCAGGCAGGCAGAUUCCGGAUGCACAGAGGGCGGAGCAGCUGGCAGGAGGAGGUCCUGCCCGAAAACUAAGCCAGGAAAACAGAAGCCCUGCUCGAGUGAC